AUGACAUUUGGAAUUGAUACCAAAGGAUCAUAUUCCAUUAAUUCAAUCUUUAAUAUCUUAUCCAAUUUCCCCCUCUUAACUUAUGUAAUUAGUUUCUUUCAAGAUUUUAUGAUUGAAAUCUUAAAAACUGGUCCUAUUCCUCAACAUAUUGCCAUUAUAAUGGAUGGUAAUAGACGAUAUGCUAAACAAAAGAAUAUCCCUUUAAAAGAAGGACAUACUGCUGGUGCAGAAUCUUUAGUUAAUGUUUUAGAUGUUUGUUAUAGAACUGGUGUUCAACAUGUUACUAUCUAUGCAUUUUCAAUUGAGAAUUUCAAUCGAUCCAAAGAUGAAGUUGAUACUUUAUUUGGAUUACUAAGAGAUAAAUUGAAAAUGAUUAGUGAACAUGAAGAUUCAUAUGCUAGAUUUAAUAAAAUUAGAGUUAGAAUCAUUGGAAAUCGAACUUAUAUCCCCCUUGAUAUCUUACACGAUUUAGAAAUCAUCGAAGAAACUACCAAACAUGCUACUAGUAAACGUACUUUAAACGUUUGUUUCCCUUAUACUACUAGAGAUGAAAUUUCUCAUUCCGUAAGAACAAUCGUAAGUAAGGUUGAAUCAGGUGAAAUUGAAUCUAAAAACUUGAUUGAUUCGAAAUUAAUUGAAGAUAAUUUUUAUUUCGGAUCUGAUGUUCCACCGUUAGAUAUUUUAAUUCGAACUAGUGGUCAUUCAAGAUUAAGUGAUUUCAUGCUUUGGCAAUCGAAUUUCAAUUCAACCAUUGAAUUCGUUAAUACUUUAUGGCCUGAAUUUAAAUUCUUCUCAAUGACAUCUAUCUUACUUAAAUGGAGUUAUUAUAGAACUUUACAAUUGGAAGAAUUAUCUAUCAUGGGGGUUAAAACUGAUCAAGAACUUAAACAGAAAGUUAAUGUUCUUAAAGAAUUACCUAAACCUCCACCUUUUGUUUCUGUAACUCAGCGUUAA